AUUGCUAGUCUUUUAAUUCACCUAUUCUUGAAUUUUCAACACCUACUUGCGCCACCUCCGCCAAGAACGACAGCAACGGCCUUACGAAUACCUUCGUCAGACAUAUCGCCGACUAAAUUCCCGAAUUUUAUGCCUGAUACCCAUUGCGACCAAGAUCAAUCGAAUUAGUGCUCGGCCCGCACGGAUAUUCCUAGACUUUCGACUCGCUUCCUCGCAUCGUCAAGAUGGAUCACACACGAGACCCUUGCCCUUGGGUCAUCCUAAAUGACUUUGGAGGUGCCUUUGCCAUGGGCGCUAUUGGCGGAACUAUAUGGCACGGCAUCAAAGGUUUCCGGAACAGUCCAAUGGGCGAGAGGAGAAUAGGAGCAAUCACAGCCAUUAAAGCAAGAGCGCCGGUCUUAGGUGGUAAUUUUGGUGUAUGGGGUGGUUUGUUCUCUACAUUCGACUGCGCUGUUAAGGGAAUACGGAAGAAGGAGGAUCCAUACAAUGCUAUCAUUGCCGGUUUUUUCACCGGUGGCGCUCUAGCCGUUCGAGGAGGAUAUAAAGCAGCUCGGAACGGCGCUAUCGGUUGCGCCGUGCUCUUGGCAGUCAUUGAGGGUGUUGGAAUAGGGUUUCAGAGAAUGCUUGCGAGCUCGACAAAAUUAGAGGUGCCGCCACCCCCGCCCAACACAGAAAAGGCUUUGGCUUAGAUCCUGCAAUGACGAAUAUAACGAAAAGAAACAUUACCACUCAACUCAUUUCCGAUACAGUUCUCGAUCGGUUCAUGUACUUCAUAUGGGUAUUAGGCGAACUUUGCAUAACGGCACGGGUCAUCGGAGAAUGGCAUGUAAAAUAAGGAUGGUUGUCGCG